UGGAAUAUAUCCGCAGUUUUAUGAUUCAAGCAGCGACCUGCAAUCUCCUCCUCGCGUUUUUUUUUUUAGAUGGAUGAGCGUUACGACCCGGACACUCGUUUGGGGUUUUUACUUUAUUGUCGUUACCAUUUGGUACGGAGGCAAUCAAUCGGCCGGCCAGUGUUAAAAAGUUCAUUUAUAUGUGUCCCUGCAGUGUGAGAAUAAAACGUGUAACUGGACCGGUGGCCUCUUGAUUCGAAACAGCGUUGAGGCAACGAGAGCAAAUGCACGUUGCGCUUCUUUUUAAUUUCGCAAUAUUUGCACAAAUUCACAGCCACCGUCCGAACAGAGAAAGUAGGGCCGCCAAACAGCAGCACACAUGUGAACCACACCCUCUCCCGGUAUGUCAUUAUCAGCCCCUCUUCUGACCCCUUGGAACGUGGAAUGAGUCCAUUCAAAUGCAACAAACCAUUGGACUAAUAUUAAUGUUUUUCCUUUUACUUAAACUUAAACAAUGUAGCCUACAGCCGAAUUCCACAGUGGACAUUUAACUUAAUUAGGCUUUGUCUUUCCGACGCCCUUUAGUCACCAUUUGCAUCGCUGUUUAAUGUGAAGCUGCUUAUGGGUUUGAGGUUAAAUCCACUGGACGGUCCUCGUUCAACGUGCCCACUUCUCUCAGAAGUGUCCGGCCCUCGGCCCCUCUUCCCGGGGUCGUCUACAGGAGGUCGGAUGUGCAGCUCACCGUUGCUCCGGUUCGGCUCGUUUUAAUAUUUCUGGAGCGGCAUUUGGCUCCCGCCUCGGAAGACCACGCCUCCGUGCGCGCGGAUCCACAUGGGACAGAUCCCGCCCCCUAACCGAGCCGGCAGCCUAUAACCUCCCCGGGUUUCCGCCCAUUCCUCCACAGUUGUUUCUUUCCGGAUGGCAUUGUCAUGCAAAUAAAGGACGCGUGAAAUAUUCUCCCAGAGCGAAGCGCAGGGCAGAGACUCGCACGGACCGCGCGGAGGACACAGACCGGGGGGCCACACGGGGGAUUUGUAUCGUUUUUCGUCGCCACGGACCCGUCCUUCUGUCACAGACGCCCUGGUCCUUCAUGAGCAGCGACACAGAGCCGGGACGUGUUUCCGGGGAAUCGGGUCGGACCGUCCAAGGAAAACCUGCGGAGACUGCCCUGUGGAAAUAGUGUUCAUUCUUCCUAUUUCCACACGUGAAGUCGGAGGUGUCUCUCGUCUCCAUCCUCUGCUUCAGGCUACCUGCUGCUGCUGCUGCUGCUGCUACGUGGGGGGAACUACUUCCAGAGACCCCUGGAUCGCUGGAGCGCAUCCUUUUUAUGAUUUAGGGAUUUUAGGAUCCCUCAACUAUUAACUUUUUUUUGCACACCAAGUGUGUUAUCUCCUCUCUUGUCCUUUUUUGGGAUAUAUACAGUGAUUCUAUUUUAGUACUUAAACAAGUGCCUUAACAACUGGUUAGAAUCCAGUGUAACUGUGGCAUUGUCACCAGACCAGAGGCGCUCAACAGGGGGAAGACGCUUCCUACCAGCUCCAGAGCCCGGGCAGGAUUACUGGUUCCGCUCCCUCCAGCGAGCCGCAGCCAUGAGCCAGGCGGAGGUGUCGACGUGCUCCGCGCCGCAGCGGGUCUUCCAGGAGGCGGUGAAGAAGGGCAACACCAAGGAGCUGCACUCGUUGCUGCAGAACAUGACAAACUGCGAGUUCAACGUCAACUCGUUCGGGCCGGAAGGACAGACGGCGCUGCACCAGUCGGUCAUCGACGGCAACCUGGAGCUGGUCAAACUGCUGGUGAAGUUUGGCGCAGACAUCCGACUGGCCAACAGGGAAGGCUGGAGCGCGUUACACAUCGCCGCCUUCGGUGGCCACCAAGACAUUGUGCUAUACCUCAUCACCAAGGCCAAGUACUCAUCUGGCGCCCGGUGAUCUGUCUCUGCUGUCAGGUAAAAAAAAUAAAGAAAAAGAAAAGAAAA